GGCGCCGUCCCGGGAGGUGUGUGUGAGUCAUGGCUUCUCCCAACCCCUGGGACCCGGCACCGGCGCCAAACGGUGCUGGGCUACCGUUGAGCCACUUCGUAGCUUCAGGGAUAGUCACUCAGGAGAUGUUAAAUAUAUCUAAGAAAACAGCUCCUUGUUUUAUGAACUUCUCCAGACUACAGCAGAUCACAAAUAUUCAAGCUGAAAUCUACCAGAAAAACCUGGAAAUUGAACUCCUGAAACUAGCAAAGGAUACAGCAGAUAUUGUUCAUCCUUUCUUUUUGGCUCAGAAGUGUCAAACUCUGCAAAGCAUGAAUAAUCAUUUGGAAGCUGUGCUAAAAGAGAAGAGGUCCCUCAGGCAAAGACUGUUGAAACCCAUGUGCCAGGAAAACUUACCUAUUGAAGCUGUUUAUCACAGAUAUUUGGUACAUUUGCUGGAGUUGGCUGUGACUUUCAUUGAGAAAUUAGAAACCCAUCUUGAAACAAUUAGAAAUAUCCCUCAUCUAAAUGCAAAUCUAAAGAAAAUGACCAAGGCUUUCGCAAAGAUGGAUAUUUUGGUGACUGAGACAGAAGAACUAGUAGAGAAUAUACUCAAGUGGCGAAAACAACAAAAUGAAGUUUCUUCUUAUAUCCCCAAAAUAUUAGCUGAAGAAAAUUAUCUUCAUAAACAUGACAUUAUUAUGCCUCCUUUACCUUUUACUUCUACAGUUCCUAUCCAAACUGUUAUUGCCAAGUGAUCAUCAACUUUAUUUUUGCUUAAUUAUGUGUAGUCAUAUAUAAAGUCCAUUUCUAGUUAAUUGUGACAUAUUUUAUAGGCUUUGCUGCUAGCAAUACUGAAAGAGCCCUCUUUCUAUUGGAGGAUUCAGGUUCAUUAAGACCAAACUGACUUUUUCUUUGUUUUUCAUCUAUUUUCAUUCCACUUUUCAGUAAAGCUACUGAAG